AGAACUUUGUUGAUGAGUUUCUUCCUUUGUGUGUUUGUGGUCCUUGUGGCAUGUACUCUCUCCUCUGGUCUGAUUUGAUGGGGUUUUGUUUGAUUUUGAUUAUGCUCAUUUGGAGGCCGUGCAUGCCCAUGCUAGGGUUUCAGAUCAUAUAGUUGACUUUACAUUGGUUUAGUUGCGCCCCCAAUCUUGUUUCUUUGAAUAUAUCUGUUUGUUAUAUUGAUCAGAGAAGAGCAAAGAAAGGGAGGCAAGAAUAAUGUUUCUUACUUACCCAAAUACAGGUUCUUGUUGGGGGCUUUAUGCUUAGUUCUAGAGCUUGAGGUGCCCUGCAAAUGGGUAGCGGUAGCGGUAGCGGUAGCGGUGCCAAAACCAUUGUGUGGUUUAGGAGGGACCUGAGGAUUGAGGACAAUCCGGCUUUGGCAUCGGCCACAAAGGAUGGUUUUGUUCUUCCUGUUUUUAUUUGGUCUCCCAAUGAAGAGGGACAAUUCUAUCCCGGCCGGGUUUCCAGAUGGUGGCUUAAACAAUCUCUUGCUCAUUUGGAUCAGUCCUUGAAAUCUCUUGGUGUUCCUUUACUAUUCAUUAGAUGUGAGAGCGCCCUUGACGCCCUUCUUCAGUGUAUCAAUGCAGUUGGAGCUGAUAAACUGAUUUAUAAUCAUCUAUAUGAUCCUGUUUCACUUGUAAGGGAUCAUAAAAUCAAAACCCAUCUAGUGGAGCUUGGAAUCAAUGUGCAGAGCUUUAAUGGUGACUUAUUAUAUGAACCAUGGGAUGUCUAUGAUGAAGAUGGGCAUGCCUUUACUUCCUUCGAUGACUAUUGGAAGAAAUGCUCGAGCUUAUUUGUUGAGCCAACACCACUUCUUCCCUCCUGGAAACUGGCUUUGCCAGCAGGAACUGAAACCAUUCAAAGUUGUUCAAUUGAAGAUUUGGGUCUUGAAAAUGAAUUGGAGAAAUCAAGCAAUGCUUUGCUCAGCAGGGGAUGGUCUCCAGGUUGGAGCAAUGCUGAUAAGGUGUUUGCAGAAUUUGUGGAAAGGCAUCUGCAUGACUACUCAAAAAAUAGGAUGAAGCUUGAUGGCGCCACAACCUCGUUAUUGUCACCUUAUCUGCAUUUUGGUGAACUUAGUGUAAGAAAAAUCUACCAGUGUGUGCGAAUGAAGAGCAUCCAGUGGGCGAAUGCAGGAAAUUCUAGUGGAGAAGAGAGUGUAGAACUGUUUCUUCGCUCAAUCGGGCUUAGAGAAUAUUCACGUUAUCUUUGUUUCAAUUUUCCAUUUACACAUGAAAGAUCAUUGCUAGGGAAUUUGAGACAUUAUCCAUGGCGUGCCAAUGAGAAUCAUUUCAAAGCUUGGAGGCAGGGCAGGACAGGGUACCCUUUGGUAGAUGCUGGUAUGAGAGAACUUUGGGCAACUGGAUGGAUACACAAUAGAAUUAGAGUAAUCGUUUCCAGUUUCUUUGUCAAGUUUCUGCUACUCCCAUGGACAUGGGGAAUGAAAUAUUUUUGGGACACUUUGCUUGAUGCUGACUUGGAAAGUGAUAUCCUUGGUUGGCAAUACAUAUCUGGUAGCUUACCUGAUGGCCAUGACCUCAAUCGCCUUGAUAAUCCACAGGAUCAAGGUCAGAAGUUUGAUCCAGAGGGUGAAUUUGUGAGGAGUUGGCUUCCUGAACUUGCAAGGAUGCCUACAGAAUGGAUUCAUCAUCCAUGGGAUGCACCCAAUUCAGUGCUUCGCGCUGCUGGAGUUGAGUUAGGUUUGAAUUAUCCAAAUCCAAUUGUUGAUAUAAAUACGGCAAGAGAACAUCUGGAUGAUGCUAUUACUAUGAUGUGGGAAAUGAAUAGAGCUGAGAGAGCUGGAAAAUUACAAGGGUCAGAUGAAGUGGUAGCUGACAAUAUAAUUGACAUGAGAAAACCAGACAUUCCAAAGGUUGUUGUGAAGAGACAAGUUUCUUGUGCCAAUUCAUCUCAUGAUCAGAUGGUACCAUCUCUUCAGAAUUUCAAGUCAGAUUUUGGCAACAAAGGAAAGGAAGAUGCAUGUGCUCAGAAAAUAUCAAAAGCGGUUGAAAACAACGGAAACAAACCGAAAGCUGGAACCUCAAAACUUGAUGAAGACUUGCACUCUACAGCAGAAUCAUCUUCUGCUAGAAAAAGAGCCAUCAGUGAAAGUCUGUGUGAUGUCCCUACAUGUUCAUCUUCAGACAUGAACACUUUGAGAGAUCUUUAUUUGUUUGAUCGACCACUUUCAAGUGGAUCUCCUUCAACACGCCGUCCACAAGGAGAAGAAACAGAUAGGCUCAAUGCGGAAAAGCAAGCAGAGGAUGCGGAUACAGAGAGCAGCUGUAGAGAUGUGAGACAGUGCAAAAGGCCUGCAUAUUGAGUCUGGUGAUCUACUGCUUGGAUAGCAAAUGGCUGUAUGUGUAUUGUAUGUAAUCCUGUGUGUUAGAACGCAUUAUGUAGUCUGAAUGCUGUUGUUUACUUCACUGACGUUACUGUAAACAGUUUUUGCGUGGAAUAAAUUUCUUUGUUCAUUGAGCC